UUCUCCUCUCUAUCCAUCUUAAAACUUCCGUUGCAUUCCACGUGUUCAAGAAUUUCCAUGGAGUCGCGAGUGCCACGUCAUCACGACGACCCCCACGGCGAACAUCUCCCCGCCACCGCAGGGUUGCCGGCAGCUACAGAAGGUGGACAUGAAGAGCACCACCAUGAGAAGCCAUCUGUGAUGCAGAAGGUGAAGGCAAGAGCGAAGAUGAUUAAAGAGACGAUUAAAAAGCAUGGGCAUGGCCACGAUCAGGAUGAUCAUCAGAGUCACGAGGAGGAAGAGGAAGAAGAUGACGAAGAGAAAAUGGUUCAAGACCCAGAAGUCCACGGUUCGCCAAUGUACGAAUCGGCUACCGUUAGGAGCGGCGCUGCCACGCAGCAACCGGCGGUCGUUAACUUGGAAGAACCGACGAUGAUGGCGGAGGAUCGUUACGAUACUAACCUGACAGAGCCAGCAGCCAGGCCUCUUACGUCGCGGCUGGAAGAACAUUCCGGACAAGAAAAGGUCGAAUUGGGAAGGUCAAUCCCUGGGGGACUAGAAGAGGAUCCUCAAGAGCCGAUUAACCCAACGGAGCCGUCCAAUUAUCAGAGCAAAGCCACCGAUCCAACUGGCGACGGUGGUGAAGCAGGAAUUUCUCCUCCAAUUCUUCAAGCUCUCGAUAAAAUGUCCGUCUCCGACGAACCGGAAUCGAAACCAAAGCCAGAUGUAUACACCGGAAGCCACGACCAGUUCUCACCGGAGCCGCUUCCGCCUUCCGCCGCCGUAAACCCAGCAGACACAGGUUCGGCCUUGAAAAGCUUCGAUUCCAGCAAACCCGAGGAUGCCGGCGUCCCGUUUACCAAACGCCCCUCGGACCAGAGCAGCUACACCGGCAUGGUCUCCUCGGUGACGUCCACAAUCGCCGAUAAAGCAGCCGCUGCUAAAAACGUCGUCGCUUCGAAGCUGGGAUAUGGACGAAAUGAGGCGAAAGAGGAGAGCGGUAAGCCGACGUCGUCUGUGGCGGAGAAGCUGGCGCCGGAGUACGAGAAGGCGGCGAAUGUGGGGAGCUCGGUGGCGGCGAAAGUGCCGGGUAGAGAAACGGGAGACCAGAGGGGCGGAGAGAAAGGGGCGUCGGUGAAGGAGUAUUUGGCGGAGAAGUUGAGGCCGGGCGACGAAGACAAGGCCCUCUCGGAGGCGAUAUCGUCGGCUCUGCACAAGCCGAAACAAGAGCAGCAGAAGGCUGCUACGGCUGCAGAGGAGGAGGAGAAGCCGGUUGCGAAAGUGACGACGUCGGAGGGGUUGGAGCGGCGGUUGGGUAGCCAAAAUGAGGACCUGAACAAGGAGGCGGCGGCGGCGGAGGAGAAGCCGGUUGCGAAAGUGACGGCGUCGGAGGGGCUGAAGCGGCGGUUGGGUAGCCAAAAUGAGGACCUGAACAAGGAGGCGGCGGAGGAGGAGAAGAAGCCGGUUGCGAAAGUGACGGCGUCGGAGGGGCUGGACAAGGAGCGCGGAGCUGGUGGCGCCGGCGGCAUGGCCAUGGUGGGCAAGGUGAAAGGAGUUGUCGGGUCAUGGUUUGGGAUGGGCUCUGGAGAUCAGUCGCAAAAUUCCCAACAGUCUCAGGGAACAACACAUGUUUCAGGUUCCGCCGGCGGAGAAGACGAUGGCGAGCAGCAGCAGCGGAGGCUUAAGGAAUCGGCGAAUUGAUGAGGACGUCGCCGGCGGGCCUUUUGGAGACGGGAGUGUUGUGUGUGCCCUUUAAUUAGUGUGUGCUUGAGUUGUGAUAUUUGUUUGAUUGGAGAUGGAUGAUAUUUGUUUUGAUUUUUUUUUGGUAAUGGAAAUAUUGUUUAUUGGAAA